UGUUUUUUUUAGACUGACUCUGUCCACAGAUAUUGGGUUCAUCAGACGUGCGGCAGUCCAAAUCUCUAGGUUUCCUCUUUGAGUGGAGCUAUUUCAAUUUGUUUGUUUGUGUGCUUUUUUUUUUUUUUUUUUUACACUACUUUUACGCAUGAUCCCCAUGUGCGUCGUUCUCUCCAUAGACCUUCACCUAUGGACCGAUGCGUCUGGAGAUGCAAAGACUUCCGAGACUUAUUGGUCAUGCUACGAGGAACUCAAAACACCCUCAUAAAGGCUGCUGUUGCAAGCGCACUGAUUGAGAGUCUUUUGCUUCGAUAUCUGCGGUGGCCAUGGCUUACCACCCUUUCCAAGUCCACGGAGCAGACGCCUUCCCUCUGCCAGCUGUCAUUCCCGGCGCACAGCCCUCCCUUACCUCCGCGCUGACUCUCCCGGACGCCGCCUCGUUUUCCGACCCCCUGUCGGAACGGGCGGCCGCGGACGCACGGCUGCGCGCCGCCGCGGAGCUCCGGAGUCGGCCGGUGCACCCGCGGUCCAUGAAGAGUGUGGGACAGCCUGAGCAGUGGCUGGAUGACGAUCCGAAAGUCACGCUGGAAUCGAAGGAUCUGUGGAGCGAAUUUCACAAGAUGGGGACCGAGAUGGUUAUCACAAAGUCUGGGAGGAGGAUGUUUCCACCCUUCAAAGUGUGUGUGGAGGGGCUGAGUGAAAGCACAAAGUACAUCCUGCUGAUGGACAUUGUCGCCGUAGACGACUGCCGCUACAAGUUUCACAACUCCCGCUGGACAGUGGCUGGAAAAGCCGACCCGGAGAUGCCAAAGCGCAUGUACAUCCACCCUGACAGUCCGUCCAAGGGGGAGCAGUGGAUGAGCAAGCCGGUUGCGUUUCAUAAACUCAAACUCACCAACAACAUCUCGGACAAGCACGGAUUUACGAUCCUAAACUCCAUGCAUAAGUACCAACCCAGGUUUCACAUUGUGAGAGCCAACGACAUCAUGAAGCUUCCAUACAGCACCUUCAGGACUUACGUGUUCCCGGAGACGGAGUUCAUCGCUGUCACUGCCUAUCAGAACGAAAAGAUAACGCAGCUGAAAAUCGACAACAAUCCCUUUGCCAAAGGGUUCAGAGAUACUGGCAAUGGCAGACGCGAGAAAAGGGUUAAGCUGUUCAGCAAAGCAGACCAGGGCGGUGCUGAUUCUGACGAUUCGUCUGGGCCACCCGGCGCUAGUGAGCCCUUUUAUUCUCCUCUGGAACUGGUCAGCAGCCCUCUGAUGUCCACACCAACCUGCCAAGAUGCAAAAGACAUUGAAAGUGAUUCAGAUUUAGACCUUGAAGAGGAUGACGUUCUGAAAGUCGGCCUACCCGGGCCUGCACGUACGUUAACCACGAACCUGAGGCACGAGGACGUUCUGCAACCCAUGCCUGAUCUUAGUAAAAGCAACAAUAAGGAUGGCUCAAAUGGCAUAAUCGUGCACAGAGCACACGAUGGCAAUGAAUACUUUAUGGAAUUAGGCUCCUACGAAAGCCAAAGGAGUGUGAACAACGAUGGGGGGCUACCAACAAAGUUGCGACCACAUAGCUUAACCUGCCUCAGUAAUUUUCACUAUCCAACUUUGGAUUUCUCAGGUGUCUACCGCCAACCACUUGUUAGGGUAAGAGCAUCGUUUCAAAAAAGACAGCUAUCAAUGACACCAACGGGUUUUUCGUGUUUGGGCGUGGGACCUGGAUUUACCCCUUUGCCUGGAAUUAAUGACUUUGAAAAUGGAUUCCUGCCAUCUCAAACUAUCCAGCCUUCAGGUGCUUUUCCCCUCUCACGACACACUUUGGAAUCUCAGGGAGUCUCUCUGUCACCAAUUGAUGGAAUGUCAUCAUAUCCGUACCAUCGUGUGGCACCAAUAGGUGCGAGUCUUUCAGCUCACCCCGCCUGCUCUGCCACACCAUCUCUUUCUGGAAUCCACCAACACAGAAAUCCUAAGACUUGGCUCAGAUUAAGUCCAUAUCAGCUCCCACCAUCUUUCACUUCUUGCCAAAAUCUCCUAUCUGCCAGCCUGCCGGGAAGGUAACCUUCACAACCGGAGCUGUCCAAAUCCGGAAGCAGAGACUGGAGUUUGCCAUCUGGAUGUCGUGGUGACAAAACAAAGGCCAUCCGAUGGACUGAUUCCCCGAGUGCUGUGGGGUGUGCUGAUCUAACACAACACAACUUAAGAUUUGGAAAGUUUCACCUUAAUAGCAACCAAAAAUAAAUAACCCAUA